UUAGUGCUAAUGCUACUGUCACUCUCAGAAGAUAAAUUUCCAUAAAAUCCUCUGCAAAAUAUUUAGGACUUUUCACUAAAUCAUAAAUAUUUUGCAUUUUUGUCUUCUUGAGAGCUAAAGAUAUUUUAGAGAAGAUUUAAUUUUUCACUUUUUUAGUUGAGCAUUUUCUAGGAAUAAAAGCCAUGCAAAUAGCACUCUUUGCUUGCUUCUUUCUUAGCCUUUUCUAUUUCUGCUCUAGUGCCACCAGAAGAUAUUAUCUAGGUGCAGUGGAAGUGUACUGGAACUAUAGGCAGAGUGACUUACUCAAUGUGCCACACUCGGACACAAGAUUUCUUCCUAGAAUGCCAACAUCUUUUCCAUUCAACACCUCCAUCAUGUACAAAAAGACGGUAUUUGUAGAAUACAUGGACCACCUUUUCAGCAUUGCCAAGCCCAGGCCUCCCUGGAUGGGUCUGCUGGGUCCUACCAUUUGGACUGAGGUUCAUGACAUUGUGGUCAUUACACUUAAAAACAUGGCUUCUCAUCCUGUCAGUCUUCAUGCUAUUGGUGUUUCCUACUGGAAAUCUUCUGAGGGAGCUGAAUAUGAAGAUCAGACAAGUCAAAGGGAGAAGGAAGAUGAUAAAGUUUUUCCUGGUGAAAGUCAUACCUAUGUUUGGCAGGUCCUGAAAGAGAAUGGUCCAAUGGCUUCUGACCCUCCAUGUCUCACCUAUUCAUAUCUAUCUCAUGUGGAUCUGGUGAAAGAUUUGAAUUCAGGCCUCAUUGGAGCUUUGCUAGUGUGUAAAGAAGGAAGUCUGUCCAAAGAAAGAACACAGAUGUUGCACCAAUUUGUACUACUUUUUGCUGUGUUUGAUGAAGGAAAGAGCUGGCAUUCAGAAACAAAGGACUCCUUCACACAGGCUAUGGAUUCCACAUCUACUGGAGCCUGGCCUAAAAUGCACACAGUCAAUGGAUAUAUAAACAGGUCUCUGCCAGGUCUGAUUGGAUGCCAUAAGAAAUCAGUUUACUGGCAUGUGAUUGGAAUGGGCACCACCCCUGAAGUGCACUCAAUAUUCCUCGAAGGUCACACGUUUCUCGUGAGGAAUCACCGUCAGGCUUCCUUGGAAAUAUCACCAAUAACUUUUCUUACUGCUAAAACACUCUUGAUAGAUCUUGGAGAGUUCCUGCUAUUUUGUCAUAUCUCUUCCCAUAAACAUGAUGGCAUGGAAGCUUAUGUCAAAGUAGAUAGCUGCCCUGAGGAACCCCAAUGGCAAAAGAAAAAUAAUGAAGAAAUGGAAGAUUAUGAUGAUGAUCUUGAUUCAGAAAUGGACAUGUUCAUAUUGGAUGAUGGCAACUCUCCUUUUAUCCAAAUUCGCUCGGUUGCCAAGAAGUACCCUAAAACUUGGAUACAUUAUAUUUCUGCUGAGGAGGAAGACUGGGACUAUGCACCUUCAUUUCUCACCUCAGAUGAUGGAAGUUAUAAAAGCCAGUAUCUGACCAAUGGUCCUCAUCAGAUUGGUAGGAAAUACAAAAAAGUCAGAUUUAUAGCAUACACAGAUGAAACCUUUAAGACUCGUGAAACUAUCCAGCAAGAAUCAGGAAUCUUGGGACCUUUACUUUAUGGGGAAGUUGGAGACACUUUGUUGAUUAUAUUUAAGAAUCAAGCAAGCAGACCAUAUAACAUUUACCCUCAAGGGAUCACUGAUGUCAGCCCUCUACACUCAAGGAGAUUGCCAAGAGGUAUCAAGAAUGUGAAAGAUUUUCCAAUUCGUCCAGGAGAGAUAUUCAAGUAUAAAUGGACAGUUACUGUAGAAGAUGGACCAACUAAAUCAGAUCCACGGUGCCUGACCCGCUAUUAUUCAAGUUUCAUUAACCCUGAGAGAGAUCUAGCUUCAGGACUCAUUGGCCCUCUUCUCAUCUGCUACAAAGAAUCUGUAGAUCAAAGAGGAAACCAGAUGAUGUCAGACAAGAGAAAUGUUAUCCUGUUUUCUCUAUUUGAUGAGAACCAAAGCUGGUACCUCACAGAGAACAUGCAACGCUUCCUCCCCAAUGCAUCUGAUACACAGCCCCAGGACCCUGAGUUCCAGACCUCCAACAUCAUGCACAGCAUCAAUGGCUAUGUUUUUGGUAGCUUGCAGUUGAAAGUUUGUUUGCAUGAGGUGGCCUACUGGUACAUUCUCAGUGUUGGAGCACAGACAGACUUCUUAUCAAUCUUCUUCUCUGGAUAUACCUUCAAACACAAAACAGUCUAUGAAGAUACACUUACCCUGUUCCCAUUCUCAGGAGAAACUGUCUUUAUGUCGAUGGAAAACCCAGGUUUAUGGGUCUUGGGAUGUCAUAAUUCUGACUUUCGGAAGAGAGGUAUGACAGCCUUGCUGAAAGUUUCUAGUUGUGACAAGAGUAUUAGUGAUUAUUAUGGAGAAAUAUAUGAAGAUAUUCCAACACAGUUGGUGAAUGACAACAUCAUUGAGCCCAGAAGCUUUUUCCAAAAUUCAAAUCAUCCUAACACUAGGGAAAAAAAAUUCACAGCCACAACAAUUCUAGAAAAUUAUGUAGAGAAGAUUAAGCCUCAGUUUGCAGAGACAGCAGAGAUAUUUAAAGUGCAAAGUGUCUCCUCUAGUGACUUGUUGAUGCUUUUGGGACAGAGUCAUCCUACUCCACAUAGUUUAUCCUUAUUAGAUAACCAAAAAGCCAUCUAUGAAGCUAUUCCUGAUGAUCAUUCACUUGAUGCAAUAGACAGCAAUGAAGACUCUUCUAAAGAGGCCCAAGUCAGGUCAAAACAUCAUCAAAGUGGGAAAAUAGUAUUUACUCCUGAGCCAGACUGCCAGUUAAGCUCAAAUAAAAGUUUGGAGACAACUAUAGAUGUAAAGUGGAAGAAAUUUGAUUUGCAAGUUUCUAGUUUGCAAAAUAAUCUAAUGACCACAACAAUUCUGUCAGAUAACUGGACAACAAUUUCUGAAGAGACAGAUUAUUCAGAAUCUCCAGGUAUGCCAGUUCACUUUAUUAGUAAAUUAAGCACCAUUUCAUUUGGUAAAAAAACACAUCCCUUUAUUAGAUCUCGUGCACCUCUGAGCAUUAGUGAAGGAAAUAGUGAUUCCAACUUGUUAGAUGCAACUUUAAUAAAUAAUCAAGAAAGUUCACUAGGAGAUAAUAUAUCAUCAAUAGAGAAUGAUAGAUUACUCAAAGAGAAGAGAUUUUAUGGGAUUGCUUUGUUAGCCAAAGAUAAUACUUUAUUCAAAGAUAAUAUCUCUUUGAUGAAAACAAAUGAGACAUAUAAUCAUUCAACCACUAAUGGAAAAGUUCACAUUGACAGCCCAGCAUCAAUUGAGAAUAGUACCGCAGUCUUGCAAGAUACUGUAUUAAAAAUCAAUAGUAAAAUUCAAGGAUUAACACCUUUGAUCCAUGAUGGAGCACUUUCAGGCAAAAAUACUACAAAUUUGAGACUGAAGCAUAUGCUAAAUAGAAGUGCCUCAUCAAAAAAUAAAGAAAUAUUUCUCCAAAAAGAUAAAGCUUCUAUUACACAGGAUAAAGAAAGUACAAUCAUGCCAUUUUUCAAGAUGAUGUUGCCAGAAUCAGCAAAUUGGAUGAAGCAGACCAAUGUAAAUAACUCCUUGAACUCUGAGCAAGGGCCUAGUCUAAAGCAAUUAGUAUAUUUAAUGUUAGAAAAGUCUGUGAAAAAUCAGAAUUUCUUGUCAGAGAAGAAGAAAGUGAUACUAGAACAGGAUGGAUUCACAAAGGACACAGGACUCAAGCAUAGGGUUUUUUCAAGCAACAUGAGUAUAUUUCUUAUCACCUUGCCUAAUAUACAAGAAAAUGAUAGGUACAAUCAAGAAAAAGAUAUUCAGGAAGAGAUAGAAAAGGAAGCAUCAAUCGAAGAAAAAGUAAUUUUGCCUCAGGUACACAUAGCAACUGGUUCUAAAAAUUUCCUGAAAGACAUUUUCUUUCUAGGCAGUAGGCAAAAUAUAAGUUUAGAUGAAGAGAUACCUGCACCAAUACUUCAAGACAUCAGCUCAUUAAACAACUCAACAAAUACAGUAGAGAUUCAGAUGGCCCAUUUCUUUAAAAGAAGGGAGAAUGAGGAAACAAAUUCAGAAGGCUUGGUAAAUAAAACUAGAGAAGCAGUAAAGAACUAUCCAAACCAGAAGAAUAUGAUUACUCAACGUAGUAAACGAGCUUUGGGACAAUUCAGACUCAGUGCCUCAACUCAAUGGCCUCAAACUAUGAACUAUUUGACAAAGAGUAUUAUUACACAGAUAGAUCACAGCAAGGAAGGGGAAAAGUCUAUUAUUCAGUCUCCCUUAUUGGAUUCUACAAUGAUUAAAAGCACCACUCAGAAAAAUAGUUCUGGAUCACACAUUAUAAAAACUUCAGCAUUUCUACCAACAGAUCUCAAGAGAAUCCCAUUUCAAGACAAAUUUUUUCAUGUUCUAGCAUCAUCCUACACUUAUGAAAUUAAGACAAAAAGUUCUAGAGUUCAAAAAAGUAGUCAUUUCUUAAAAGAAACCAAGAGAAAUAACUCUUCUUUAGCCAUCUUACCAUGGGAGAGGAUCAUAAACCAAGGAAAAUUUGCCUUCCCAGGGACAAGUAAUACAAACUCAGUCACAUGUAAGAAACUUGGGGACAUUGUUCUCUUGAAACCAGUCUUGCCUGAAGAAUCUGACAAAGUUGAAUUGCUUCCUCAAAUUUCCAUUCAUGAAAAAGAACUUUUGCCUAAAAAAACUAGCCAUGAAUUUCCUGGACACCUGGAUCUCAUGAAAGAGGUCUUUCUUCAGAAAACACAGGAAACAAAGAGACAUGUGGAAAGUCUGAAAGGAAUAAGAGAGAGCUCUGAAAAGACUCCCUCUAAACUUCUGGGCCACCAUACUUUACAGAUACCAAAAGAUAAGUGGAAAUCCAAAGAGAAGUUACCAGAAAUUAUACCCAUUAAGAGAGAGGAUACCAUUUUGUCUCUGAGCCCUCAUGAAAAGAAUCAUUCAGUAGUGGCAAAUGAGAAACAAAAUUGUCCCCCAAAAGAAGCCUCUUGGGUAAAGCAAGGUCAGACUCAAAAAUUGUGCUCUCAAAGCCCACCAGUCUUGAAACGCCAUCAAAGGGAACUUAGUGCUUUUCAGUCAGAACAAGAAGCAACUGAUUAUGAUUCUAUCACUGUUGAAACAAAUGAGGAUUUUGACAUUUAUGGUGAAGAUAUAAAGCAGGAUCCCCGCAGCUUUCAACAGAAGACACGGCAUUAUUUUAUUGCAGCUGUGGAGCGGCUCUGGGAUUAUGGAAUGAGUACAUCUCCCCAUGUUCUACAAAACAGGGAUCAAAAUGGCAAUGCACCUCAGUUCAAGAAAGUAGUUUUUCAAGAAUUUACUGAUGGCUCCUUUAGUCAACCCUUAUACCGGGGAGAACUAAAUGAACAUUUGGGGUUGUUGGGACCUUAUAUAAGAGCAGAAGUUGAAGACAACAUUAUGGUAACUUUCAAAAACCAGGCCUCUCGUCCCUACUCCUUCUAUUCUAGCCUCAUUUCUUAUGAGGAGGAUCAGACACAAGAAGAACCUAGAAGAAACUUUGUCAAACCUAAUGAAACCAAAAUUUAUUUUUGGAAAGUACAACAUCAUAUGGCGCCCACAGAAGACGAGUUUGACUGCAAGGCCUGGGCUUAUUUCUCUGAUGUUGAUCUUGAAAGAGAUAUGCACUCAGGAUUGAUUGGACCCCUUCUGAUUUGCCACACAAACACGCUGAAUCCUGCUCUUGGUAGACAAGUGGCAGUACAGGAAUUUGCUCUGUUUUUCACUAUCUUUGAUGAGACCAAGAGCUGGUACUUCACUGAAAAUGUGGAAAGGAACUGCAAGAUAGCCUGCAAUAUCCAAAUGGAAGACCCCACUGUGAAAGAGAAUUAUCGCUUCCAUGCAAUCAAUGGUUAUGUGAUGGAUACCCUACCAGGUUUAGUAAUGGCUCAAGAUGAAAGAAUUCGAUGGUAUCUUCUCAGCAUGGGCAGCAAUGAGAAUAUCCAAUCUAUUCAUUUCAGUGGACAUGUGUUCACUGUACGGAAAAAAGAAGAAUACAAAAUGGCAGUGUAUAACCUCUACCCAGGAGUUUUUGAGACCGUGGAAAUGCUACCAUCCAGAGCUGGCAUUUGGCGAGUAGAAUGCCUUAUUGGCGAGCACUUACAGGCUGGAAUGAGCACUCUUUUUCUGGUGUACAACAAGCAGUGCCAGAUUCCUCUGGGAAUUGCUUCUGGAAGCAUCAGAGAUUUUCAGAUUACGGCUUCAGGACACUAUGGACAGUGGGCCCCAAACCUGGCAAGACUUCAUCAUUCUGGAUCAAUCAAUGCCUGGAGUACCAAGGAGCCCUUUUCUUGGAUCAAGGUAGAUCUGUUGACUCCAAUGAUUAUUCAUGGCAUCAAGACACAGGGUGCUCGUCAGAAAUUUUCCAGCCUCUACAUCUCUCAGUUUAUCAUCAUGUAUAGUCUUGAUGGAAAGAAGUGGCUGAGUUAUCGAGGGAAUUCCACUGGAACUUUAAUGGUCUUCUUUGGCAAUGUGGAUUCAUCUGGGAUUAAGCACAAUAUUUUUAAUCCUCCAAUUAUUGCUCGGUAUAUCCGUUUGCACCCUACUCAUUCUAGCAUCCGCAGUACUCUUCGAAUGGAGUUGAUGGGCUGUGAUUUAAGCAGUUGUAGCAUACCACUGGGAAUGGAGAAUAAAGUAAUAUCAGAUACACAAAUUACUGCCUCAUCCUGCUUCACCAAUAUGUUUGCCAGUUGGUCUCCUUCACAAGCUCGACUUCAUCUCCAGGGAAGAACUAAUGCCUGGAGACCUCAGGUAAAUGAUCCAAAAGAAUGGUUGCAAGUGGACUUACAAAAGACAAUGAAAGUCACUGGAAUAAUAACCCAGGGAGUGAAAUCUCUCUUUACUAGCAUGUUUGUGAAAGAGUUCCUUAUCUCCAGCAGUCAAGAUGGGCAUCAAUGGACUCACAUUUUACACAAUGGCAAAGUAAAGGUUUUUCGAGGGAAUCGGGAUGCAUCCACACCUAUGGUAAAUUCUCUAGACCCACCAUUACUCACUCGAUAUCUUCGAAUUCACCCCCAGGUCUGGGAGCACCAAAUUGCCCUGAGGCUUGAGAUUCUGGGAUGUGAAGCCCAACAACUGUACUGAGGUGGUUUCUGCAUCCUCUGCUUGCUACCCUUUGCCUCCUUCUUCAGUUCCAGGAUUGGCUUAGUCAGUGUGUUAUUGCUGUGAAGACUAACCAUGACCAUGGCAACUCUUAUCAAACAAAGCAUUUAAUUGAGGCUUGCUUAUAAUUUCAGAGGUUUACUCCAUUAUCAUCAUGGUGGGGUGCAUAGUACAUUGU